AUGUAUAAAGAAUUUAUGUCAGAGUAUGAAAGUCUGGGUCAUAUGGAGAAAUGUGAGAAUGAUAAUUUACCACGUAAGAUGCAUUUUAUACCACAUCACGGUGUGCUUCGGGAAAGUAGUACUACUACUAAAUUAAGAGUCGUUUUCAAUGCUAGCAGUCCGACUUCUUCGGGUGUUUCCUUGAAUAAUAUACAGAUGGUAGGUCCCGUGGUACAGGACGACCUUUUGUCCAUUCUUUUACGCUUUCGGCUACACAAAUACGUUCUCACAGCUGAUGUUGAGAAAAUGUACCGGCAAAUAGUCAUUCAUCCCGAUGACCGCUAUUUGCAACAAAUUGUCUGGCGUGAUAACCCUUCAGAACAGCUUCAAGCUUAUCAACUUAACACCGUGACUUACGGCACCUCUAGUGCUCCCUUUUUGGCAACUAGGUGCCUCCAACAAUUAGGCUUAGAGUGUACCGAUGACAAGGUUGCUCAAGUGAUCAUUCACGAUUUUUACGUUGAUGACUUGCUAACGGGAGGGGAUGAUAUUAACGAGGUUACAGAUUUGCGCCGGAAAGUGACUUCCACACUUGCAUCAGCUCAUAUGGUUUUGCGAAAGUGGAAGUCGAAUGAAUCUCAACUGGUUAGUGAAAAUGAUAUUUCUCCGCUUGAUUUGAAUAUUGGUGGCUUUGAACCGACUAAAACUUUAGGCCUUGGUUGGCAAUCACAUACUGACCAACUUUGUUUCCCUAUAGGAGGGCUAUUCUCAGGUAGAACAAAGCGUGAUAUGUUAUCUGUGAUUUCUCAGAUUUUUGAUCCACUAGGACUUCUAUCUCCCUGUGUAAUUAAGAUGAAAAUGCUUCUUCAAUAG